CAAACGGAAAUCACUCAACAACGGAUUCCUGCCGGCCGCGAAACCAUUGGAACAGCUCGGCAUCUCCAGAAGUUUGCUCUUGACAUUCCACAGCUUUGCGGCGGAUCAACCGGAUCAUGGCGGAGGAAUAUCGAGUGAAUGUUGGUGCGAGCAUCCUCGAUCCGGGAAGGCCUGAGGCUUCGCCGUUCUUCGCGGUGCAUCAUCGCUUCAUCCCAACGAGUGCAGACAACAUAAGACCUUCGAGGUUACACGGAGGCCCUGAACACUACGACCUGGAAAUACCUGGUCGGAACGGAAAGGAAUCACAAAGCUUUGAGGGUACACGAGAAGCACAGAAUGACGUCGACUGUGUCUUGAUAUAUAAUGAGGAGACUGGGGAAUAUACACUUGAACGUCUCGACUCAAUACUUCACAUGAACCAUGUCCGUGGUGCACGAGCCAGUUCAAAAGACAGGAGACCAGCCUCACCACCGACUUCCUCGGAGCUGGAGUCACGAAGUCGAACAACGACUUCAGGAUCGUCCACAAAUCGGCAUGAAUCACAAGAACGACAACCUCAGAGGAUGCAAUCAAGAUCAUCGGAUCAACCAAGGACUACGACGUUCUCAUCCAUCUUAACCAAAGUCGAUAAACCCGCACCGAAACCCACAACGCCGGUGCCCUCCCAACAACGCACAGAACCUCCAGCAAAAGCUCCAGCACCACCACCAGUACUACAACAACCUCUCAUGCUCCCAACAGCCACAGGUUCAAGCGUAAGUCCCGAGCACAAACAACGUAAACCGAGACCACGCUCACCAUCCCCCGAAUCUGACGCGGACGACUCCGAUACCGAAAUCCGACCACAGCCACAGCCACCGUCACAGAGCCGUCUUGGCCGCAUUCCUCAAACAAUCGACCUCGGUGACCUCCACCUCGACAAACCCUCCGAACCCAAACCCACAGCUGCGGAACCCAAGGCCGCCGACAAUUACCGAAAUGACAUGGAAGACGAAAUCGACUUCGAACUGGACGAUCUCGCCGAUCUCGCAAACGAAUUAGAAGAAAGCCUCGACGAAGACAAAGGCAAGGACGAAGCGGCGAGUCCGGCGGAUAGUAUGCAGAGUGCGGCGAGGAAUCCGGUUAGUAUGAGGAGUCUUGCUGGGGCGAGGAGGGAAGAUGAUGAGUUGCCUGAUAGUGAUGAGGAGUGAUCGAGGAAUGGUGCCUUUUCACAACAAAAAUCAUCGGACAUUCAGCUCGAACAGUGGGGUGGUUGUCACGACAGUUUUGGCACAUCAG